GGACAACAUUAGACGUAACACACAACACUGGACCUUCCUCAAACCGAUUAGACCCAUGGCUUUCUCGAAACGCUGACGAAGUUUGCUUUGCAUCUUACAAUUUGACACAUGUCCAAAUAAAUAUAGCCGGCCUGUUUCAUAAAUAUAACGUACGAGAACAUUAAUGUGUGUGGAAUUUAAGCGAGAUAAAGUCUCAUGUUCCGCCCAGGACACGAAGCCAUGAACUAGCAUCAUCAGCAACAAGUUGCUGGCUACCAGAACCAUCCCAUGGGAAAGACUGCCAUGGCAACCAACUACAGAACUUAGAGGUGACAUUCAGUGUCAGAGAUGUGAACUGGCGACAUAAAAGGUGUUGAUGAUGCCACGUCAUCUGUUCCCACAUUUAAAAGUGGAGGAAAUGAAAGGAGCGUUUGUUCGAAACAUCUGGAACACCUUGCAGCAACAUCAAGUAUAUGUUGUUGCAAGAAACCUGCUGUAAGAAGUGAUCAACAUGUCUUCUGAGGAGGAGACUUCUCAGACUUCCUCUUCUUCCUCUCCCUCCUCCUCUUCACCUCCCCCUACCUCCCACUUCAUUGGGAAGAAGGAGGACAUUGUCAAGGCUGGGCGCGUGACCAAGCUGGUGAAUGGAUGCAGAGACGUACUGGUCCUGUACCACCAGGGGCAGCUUCAUGCAAUGGACAUGCGCUGCUACCAUUCAGGUGGUGCAUUACAGUAUGGAGACAUUGAAGAGUUUAAUGGGCUGCUGUGUAUCGUGUGUCCGUGGCACAAGUACAAGAUCACGCUGGCAGAAGGGGAAGGGCUUUACCAAGCUGUGGACGAUCCUACAGCCAAACCCCUAAGAACACACUGGCGCUCCAAGGGUGUCAAACAGAGGAUUCACAAGGUCACUGAGGUCAACGGGGAUGUAUAUGUAACACUGAACGACUCCAGCAAGGCCAUCGAGUCAGAUGUCUACCAAACUGAGAGAUAUAGGACUGUCUUUCUCAAGGCCCAGCCAAAACCCAAGCCCAAGAAAUAGCCAGACACACAAGGAUUUCUUAGAGUUGUUUGACUAUUCAACCAAAAAUACUUAACUGCUUCAAGGAUAAUUUGGGAUGUUUUGUUGUCUUUCACUGGGAAGCAUAUCAAACCCCUUCAGAAUCUGUUUGUCACAAUAAUAAUUGUUAUUAAAAAACUGUUAAUAAGUAUGUGAGCCAAUAAGCCUGUAAGAUAUCUAUGAGUCAGUCUAGGACACAGAAGGAAAUAUCUGACAAAAAUGUAUAAAUGAUUGUCAUAAAAGAUGAAUAUAGGACAUUUAAACAGUAGUUGCAGGAUGUGUGUCAUUUCAGUGUAUUUCUCUGCUUCAAUUAGAUAUCCAGAGAAAUUAUUAUUAUAGAGUUUUGUUCUGUUUUCAUACACUGUUCACUACUUUACUCUGAUCGACACAGUUUCUUUUACUGCAGACAUUAAUCAAAUCAGUAGGUGUGAUGUAGAAAUGUCUGGCAUUUAUGAAAUUAUUCUUAUUCUAACACCUGCUUUUGCAGUUUGUUGAUACUGAACUGCGACUGCUACAGAAUAUUGUGGUUUGUAAUUAUUCAGUGGUGCACAAAUACUGUUUAUUUUUGGUAGAAAUGAUGACUGAUUAAAUGAUUAAUGAUC